AGGAAAAGGCACGAGAGCCACGGCCGGCCGGCCACCCUGCAGCAGGAGGCGCAGGAGUGCGGCGUGAGAGCUUUCUAUUCCCUAUUGAAAUAUGGGGACGCGCGCGCACACACACGCACAGUCGCGCAGUUCGCCGCCCGACGAACCAAACGAGACCAAACAAAGCAAAGGCAACCCCAAAGGCGAGCAGGAAAGCCUUCCAUCCGAGCGUCGCUGCUCCCUUGCCGCUGCUGUUGCUAGCUUCUUGGACGCUUGCGCGAGAGAGAGGGUGGCGUGGGUGGGUGCUUGAGGAGAGGAGGCAUGCUGGGGGCCGCCUCCUGAGAGCGGCGCAGCCAUUGGAGGUGGAGGAGGAGGAAGGACACCUGCAAGGCCAGGCCACUGAGGUUUGAUUGCCGCACCACACCACCGUCUUUUUCCCAGUCCCAACACACAAAGGCACACGCAGAGGCAGAGAGACAGGCGCAUGUGCACGCACACGAUGCAUGCACACACUUGCGUGGCUGCAUCUGUGGCGCACUCGUCUUCCUGAGCAGUUCUUGGGGGAGGAUGAGGGGCCAGGGGUGGCUCCAUUGCUCGGGGGGAAGUCUUUUCUCGGGAGAUAGUUGAGAGAGAUAACCACUUGGGGAAUGGUGUGGUGAGGAAUGUGGACUAGUUAUUUAUGAUGGUGGACACAAGAUCCUCUGUGAAUCUUGAUUUUUUUUAGAACAAGUGCAGUGAGGAAAUAAGAGGGGUGGGAAGAAUUAUACUAAUCUUUUCUCAGAUCAAGAAGGACAAGCAAUUAACAAAUAGCAGGGGGAGGUGGGGGUGUGUCAGCUUUGUGCUUUGUGGGUGUCCCUCCUCUGGUUCAUUGCCCCCCUCUCCUCUCCAUAUAGUUUACUUCUCCUGAGGUGCUUGUGCUCCUCCCCUUCUGGCCUCACUGCCUACGAUAUCAGCAACAGUGGGCCGCAUAAGUAGGUUGGGGUGGAGUGUGCUUGAAGCAGGAGUGCCGUUACUGCAUCAGAACCGAUCUUGUUAUUUGUUUGUUUUCAUUGUACGAGCGAUCUCCUGGCCGGCACCGGCACGUUGCAAUAUUCGGUCUUCUCGGCGCAGCAGCCACCAGCGGAGUGACUUCUUGUCCUUCUUUGUUCUCAGCGGUUUGCCGUUGCUGUUGUGGACAAGUAUGGGAUAGUAGUGUUGUGCUGCGGUGUUCUUAGAAGUGGUGGACUGGUGGUGGCCUCUGUGCGCAUUGGACUAGAGGAGUAAGUGAAAAGCUGUAGGAUUGUUCUUUCUUGUUUCAAGAUGAAGUUUAUGAAGCUUGGAUCGAACCCUGAUACCUUUCAGGAUGAUGGGAACCAAGUCAGCAUUGUGGGAAGUGAAUUGGUCAGCGACAUCACUGUACGUAUAGGGACAACAAAGUUUUACCUUCACAAGUUUCCACUUCUAUCCAAGUGUGCCCGCUUUCAGAAGUUGAUCCCAACUACUGGUGAUGAAAAUAUUGAGAUCCAUAUUCAUGACAUUCCUGGUGGUGCAAAGGCUUUUGAAAUCUGUGCUAAGUUUUGCUAUGGCAUGAUAGUCACACUCAACGCCUACAAUGUGAUUGCUGCCCGCUGUGCUGCAGAGUACUUGGAGAUGAAUGAAUCUGUUGACAAGGGCAAUCUGAUCUAUAAGAUUGAUGUCUUCCUCAGCUCAAGCAUAUUCCGAAGCUGGAAAGACUCUAUUAUUGUUCUUGGGACAACAAAGGCUCAUUUACCUUGGGCAGAGGAUCUUAAACUGGUUAGCCACUGCAUUGACUCUGUUGCUUCAAAAGCCUCUAUUGAUAUUUCAAAGGUUGAAUGGUCAUACACGUACAAUCGUAAGAAGCUCCCAACCGAGAAUGGCCAUGAUUCGCCGUGGAAUGGAGUCAAGCAGCAGCAGUUUGUUCCAAAGGAUUGGUGGGUUGAAGAUCUGACAGAUCUCGACAUUGAUUCCUACAAACAAGUCAUAACAGCAAUCAAAACCAAGGGUAUGGUGCCCAAAGAUGUGAUUGGCGAGGCAAUUAAGGCCUACACGUACAAGAAGCUUCCGUCAUUGAGCAAGGUAUCAAUGAUCCAUGGUGAUGCAAAAGUUCGGGCGAUGCUAGUUACCAUCACAUGUCUGUUGCCAUCUGAGAAAGGUUCAGUCUCAUGCAGCUUCCUUUUAAAGCUACUAAAGGCAACAAAUUUGCUGAAAUGUGGAGAAAUGUGCAGGAAAGAGCUUAUGAAGCGUAUUGCACGGCAACUGGAAGAAGCCUCAGUGUCAGAUCUUCUGAUCCCUACCGUGGAUGGGGAUACCACAGUUUAUGACAUUGACAUGAUUCUUAGUAUAGUUGAAGAGUUUGUCAGACAAGAUAACAAGAAUGCUCAGAAACAUAAUGGUGGUGAAGUGAGUGGUCAUGUAUCAGCUCCUAGUGUAUCAAUGAUUACAGUGGCUAAAAUUGUUGAUGGAUAUCUGGCAGAGGUUGCAAAGGACCCAAAUAUACCCGUUUUUAAGUUUUUCAGUCUAGCUGAGACAGUUUCAGGCAAUUCAAGGCCAGUUCAUGAUGGGCUAUAUCGGGCCAUUGAUAUGUAUCUGAAGGAGCACCCAAGCUUGGGCAAGAGCGACAAAAAGAGGCUCUGUGGCCUCAUGGACUGCAGGAAGCUGUCGCCUGAUGCAUGCGCCCAUGCUGUGCAGAACGAGCGCCUACCUCUGAGGAUUGUUGUGCAGGUGCUAUACCAUGAGCAGACAAGGGCUUCUGCAGCAGCCACCAUCCGAGCUGAUAGCAUUGGCAUCGGCUCCUACGAGAGCUCAAGGUCAGGUGCCACGACAAACACCGAAGACGAGUGGGAUGGAGUCAUGGCCGUGGAAGACCUCAGCUUGUCCAAGACCACAAAGCUAGACAAGUGUGAUACCGCCGGUACCGACGCAGAGAAGAACCGUGGCAACAGCAAGGGCGCCAGUGGCAGGGUGAAAGGCGCCACGACACCGAAGAAGGCGCUUGGGAAGAUGAUGUCGAGCAAAGGGCAGGCUGGGGAGCGCAGCAGCUCGGAUUCAUCCGACAGCGCCAUCUUGCCGAGGCAGGAGCAUCCAAAGAGGACUCCGGCAAGGAGCACCAAAUCAGCAGCUGCGUAGUUGCUGCCCCUCACUGAAUGUUUAAGUUGCAGUAGGUUUUAGCAGUCGUCUGUUCUUUCUUAUGAAUGUUGCAUAGGAGCAAGGACUAAUGUUUCACACGUCUGUAUGGAUGUUAUAAUGUCAGGUCUGUUUUUAGGU